AUGACUCACCGUGGAGCCGUUGGAUCUGACGCGCGAGACGGUGACGGUGCCGGUGUCAUGACCAGUAUCCCGCACAAAUUCUUUAUCAAAAACUUCGCCCGAGAGGUAGGCGUGGACCUGCCUCCACUCGGUCAAUAUGCGGUCGGCAACUUGUUCUUCAAGCCUGAUGAAGAGUCGCUCAAGCAGUCUAUCGCCAGCUUCGAGGAAUUGGCUACCUCUCUGGGUCUGCGCGUGCUGGGAUGGCGCGAAGUCCCCCGCGAUUCAACGAUUCUGGGCCCGGCCGCCCUGUCGCGAGAGCCCAUUAUCAUGCAGCCGUUUGUCGUGCUCCAGUCGGCAUACGGUGCCGGUACCAAGCCGGAAAUCACCGACACAGACAAGUUUGACGAGCGCACCUUUGAGCUGCAGCUGUAUGUCUUGCGGAAGCGUGCCACCCAUGUGAUUGGGUUGGGCAACUGGUUCUACCUUUGCUCGCUGAGUAACCGGAAUAUCGUAUACAAGGGUCAAUUAUCACCCGUGCAGGUCUAUCAAUACUACCACGACUUAGUCAAUGUCGAUUAUGAGGGUCAUUUUGCUCUGGUUCACUCACGAUUCUCGACCAACACAUUCCCCUCUUGGGACCGUGCUCAGCCACUGCGAUGGGCCGCCCACAACGGUGAAAUUAAUACACUCCGUGGAAACAAGAACUGGAUGCGCGCUCGCGAGGGUGUUCUUCGAUCUGAGGUCUUCGGAGAUGAACUGGACCUGCUCUAUCCGAUUGUGGAAGACGGUGGCUCCGACUCCGCCGCAUUCGAUAACGUUCUGGAACUGCUGAUGAUUAACGGCGUUCUGUCUCUCCCCGAGGCUGUGAUGAUUAUGAUUCCCGAGGCGUGGCAGGAUAACCCAGCCAUGGACCCGGCCAAGUCAGCCUUCUACGAAUGGGCCGCCUGCCAGAUGGAGCCCUGGGACGGCCCGGCUCUUUUCACCUUCUCCGACGGUCGGUACUGCGGUGCAAACCUUGACCGUAACGGGCUGCGCCCGUGCCGUUUCUAUGUGAUGGAUGAUGACCGCAUUGUCUGCGCCUCGGAGGUCGGCGCAAUUGACAUCGACCCCGAACGUGUGGUGCAAAAGGGCCGUCUGCAACCUGGAAAGAUGCUGCUGGUUGACACAUUGGCCGGACGCAUUAUCGAUGAUGCCGAACUGAAGCAGACCGUUUCGAGCCGUCAGGACUUCGCCAGCUGGCUGGACAAGGAGCUCCUGAAGCUGCCUGCCAUUAACAAGUUGUUGCUGAACGGCAAUGUCGAUCUCUCUUUCAAGCUGGACGACAAUACCGUCCAAAACGACCCCCGCCUGAAGGCCUUCGGUUAUUCCUUUGAGCAGGUCAGCCUGCUGCUUGGCCCCAUGGGUGCUGACUCCAAGGAGGCUCUGGGUUCCAUGGGUAACGAUGCUCCCUUGGCUUGCAUUGCCCAGCAGCCGCGUCUGCUCUAUGAGUACUUCCGUCAGCUCUUCGCUCAAGUCACCAACCCGCCCAUUGACCCUAUUCGUGAGGCGGUGGUCAUGUCUCUGGAGUGCUAUGUCGGUCCCCAGGGUAACCUCUUGGAGAUGGAUCCUUCUCAAUGCCAUCGUCUUCUUCUACCCUCUCCAAUACUGAGCAUUCCGGAAUUCAAUGCUCUGAAGAACAUCAACAGCGCCCACAGCGACUGGACCGUCCGAACCAUCGAUAUCACUUUCGACAAGAAGAAGGGUACUCCUGGAUACCUGGCCGCCCUCGAUGAGAUCUGCAAUGCCACGACUGAGGCGAUCGAGAAUGGCGACAAGGUCAUUGUGCUCUCUGACCGCGCGACCUCCGCGGACCGCGUGCCGAUCUCUGCUUUGCUAGCCACCGGUCUAGUUCACCAUCACCUGGUCCGCAACAAGUGGCGCUCGCUAGCCGCUUUGGUUGUUGAGACGGCCGAGGCUCGUGAGGUGCACCACCACUGCGUGCUUCUGGGAUACGGUGCCGACGCUAUUAACCCGUACCUCGCCCUGGAAUGUCUUCUCAAGAUGAACCGGGAGAACUUGAUCCGCAAGGACAUUUCUGACGAGAAAGUCAUUGAGAACUACAAGGCUUCUUGUGAUGGCGGUAUUCUCAAGGUCAUGAGCAAGAUGGGUAUUUCCACCCUGCAGUCCUACAAGGGAGCCCAAAUUUUCGAAGCUCUGGGUAUCGAUGACAGCGUGAUCGACCGCUGCUUCGCCGGAACCGCCAGCCGUAUCCGCGGUAUCACAUUCGACCUGAUUGCCCAGGAUGCAUUUGCCUUCCACGAGCGUGGAUAUCCAUCGCGCAACAUCAUCGAGAUCCCUGGUCUUAGUGAAACCGGCGAGUAUCAUUGGCGUGAUGGUGGCGAGGCUCACAUUAAUGAUCCUGUCAGCAUUGCCAACAUGCAGGACGCCGUUCGUAGUAAGAACGACAAAUCCUAUGAGGCAUAUGCAAAGGCAGAGCAUGAGCAGAUCAGAAACUGCACAUUGCGCGGUAUGCUUGAGUUCGACUUUGAGCAGCGGACGCCCAUCCCCAUCGACCAAGUCGAGCCCUGGACCGAGAUUGUGCGCCGCUUCGUUACGGGUGCCAUGUCCUACGGAUCUAUCUCGAUGGAGUCCCACUCGACUCUUGCCAUUGCCAUGAACCGUCUCGGUGGCAAGUCCAACACUGGUGAAGGUGGUGAAGACCCCGAGCGCAGCAAGCGAAUGGAGAAUGGCGAUACCAUGCGUUCCGCCAUCAAGCAGAUUGCCUCUGGUCGCUUUGGUGUGACCUCACACUACCUGGCUGAUGCCGAUGAGUUGCAGAUUAAGAUGGCUCAGGGCGCGAAGCCCGGUGAAGGUGGUGAGCUGCCUGGCCACAAGGUCGUUGGACCUAUUGCUCAUACUCGACACUCCACCCCCGGAGUCGGUCUCAUUUCGCCUCCCCCGCACCACGAUAUCUACUCUAUUGAGGAUUUGAAACAAUUAAUCUACGACCUCAAAUGCUCCAACCCUCGUGCCCGUGUCUCCGUGAAGCUGGUGUCCGAAGUUGGCGUCGGCAUUGUCGCUUCUGGUGUUGCGAAGGCCAAGGCUGAUCACAUAUUGAUCUCUGGUCACGAUGGUGGUACCGGUGCCUCCCGUUGGACCGGUAUCAAGUACGCUGGUCUCCCCUGGGAGUUAGGUCUUGCUGAGACUCACCAGACUCUGGUUCUGAACGACCUUCGUGGCCGUGUCGUUGUUCAAACUGACGGUCAGAUUCGUACUGGUCGUGAUCUGGCCAUGGCCUGCUUGCUCGGUGCUGAGGAGUAUGGUUUCGCUACUACGCCUUUGAUUGCCAUGGGCUGUAUUAUGAUGCGUAAAUGCCACCUGAACACCUGCCCUGUCGGUAUCGCCACCCAGGAUCCCGAGCUACGAAAAAAAUUCAACGGUACCCCGGAGCACGUUAUCAACUUCUUCUACUAUGUCGCCAAUGAAAUGCGUGCGAUCAUGGCCAAGCUUGGUAUUCGCACUGUCAACGAGAUGGUCGGACGUGCUGAGCUUCUCAAGGUCCGCGACGAUAUUCGCAACUCGAAGCAGGAGCGCAUUGAUCUCUCGCUCAUUCUGACUCCUGCUCACUCUCUCCGUCCGGGUGUUGCCACUUACAAUGUUCGCAAGCAAGACCACCGUCUCCACACUCGUCUUGAUAACAAGCUCAUUGCCGAGUCCGAACUUGCUUUGGAGAAGGGCCUGCCUUGCCGCAUCGAGUGCGAUGUUGUCAACACUGACCGUGGAAUGGGUGCGACCCUGUCGUACCAGAUUAGUCGACGCUAUGGCGAGGCUGGUCUUCCCCAAGAUACCAUUCACGCCAACAUCAAGGGUUCUGCUGGUCAGUCCUUUGGUGCUUAUCUUGCUCCUGGUGUGACGCUGGAGCUUGAGGGUGAUGCCAACGACUACGUCGGUAAGGGCCUAUCGGGUGGUCGUUUGAUUGUUUACCCGCCCCGUGGUGCUUCUUUCAAGGCCGAGGAGAACGUCAUUGUCGGUAACACCUGUCUGUACGGUGCCACUCGCGGUACUGUUUACUUCCGCGGGAUGGCUGCCGAGCGUUUCGCCGUCCGUAACUCGGGUGCCACCGCCGUCGUUGAGGGUGUUGGUGACCACGGUUGCGAGUACAUGACCGGUGGUCGUAUCCUCAUUCUUGGACCCACUGGCCGUAACUUCGCUGCUGGUAUGUCCGGUGGUAUUGCAUACAUCUUGGAUAUGAACCAGGACUUCCACUCCAAGGUCAACCUGGAGAUGGUUCAAGUUUCUGGAAUCGAGGACCCCUCCGAGAUUGCUUUCGUUCGUGGUCUGAUUGAGGAUCACCACCACUACACUGGAUCCGAACUGGCUGCCCGGGUCCUCUUGGACUUCAACCGCGCUCUUCCUCGCUUCGUCAAGGUACUUCCGACUGACUACAAGCGUGUCAUGGACGAGGAAGCUGCCAAGGCUGCAGCUGCUAAGAAGGCCGAGUUUACUCUGCCCCAGCUUCCCAGCACCCCCGCGGAGAAGCCUAAGGCUCACGCUGAUGAGAAGAAAGCUGAAAUGCUGGACAUUGAGGACAGCAUCAGCGACUCAAAGGCUGAGAAGAAGCGGUCUGCCCUUAUUCUGGACAAGACUCGCGGCUUCAUGAAGUACAGCCGUCGCUCGGAGAAGUACCGGAACCCAACAACUCGUACUCGCGAUUGGGCCGAGUUGUCCAACCGCCUCAGCGAGGACGAGCUCAAGUACCAGUCCGCUCGUUGCAUGGACUGCGGUGUUCCCUUCUGUCAGUCAGACACCGGUUGUCCGAUCUCUAACAUCAUUCCUAAGUGGAAUGAACUGGUUUUCCAAAACCAGUGGCAAGAUGCCCUCAACCGUCUUUUGAUGACAAACAACUUUCCCGAAUUUACUGGCCGAGUGUGCCCUGCUCCUUGCGAGGGUGCUUGCGUCUUGGGUAUCAACGAAGACCCCGUCGGUAUCAAAUCGAUCGAGUGUGCCAUCAUUGACCGCGGCUUCGAAAUGGGCUGGAUGGUUCCUCGCCCCCCACCCACCCGCUCCGGCAAGACUAUUGCCAUCAUCGGAUCCGGACCCGCUGGUCUGGCAGCUGCUGACCAGCUCAACCGUGCUGGCCACACUGUCACUGUCUACGAGCGCGCUGACCGCAUCGGUGGUCUUUUGAUGUACGGUAUUCCGAACAUGAAGCUGGACAAGAAGGUCGUUCAACGCCGUGUGGAUCUCAUGGCCGCUGAGGGUGUGAAGUUCAUUGUCAGCACUGCAGUCGGGCCGGACAGUGAAGUCUCCCUCCAAUCUCUCCGGUCCACCAACGAUGCCGUGAUUAUCGCAACGGGAGCUACUGUCGCCCGUGACCUGAAGGUGACCGGCCGUGAACUCGAUGGCGUCCACUUCGCUAUGCAGUUCCUCCACCAAAACACCAAGUCCCUUCUGGACUCGGGUCUUGCGGAUGGCGCUUACAUCUCUGCUAAGGACAAGCACGUCGUUGUCAUUGGUGGGGGUGAUACCGGAAACGACUGUAUCGGAACGUCCGUUCGUCACGGUGCAAAGUCGGUCACUAACUUCGAACUUCUCCCGCAACCCCCACCCGAGCGUGCCCGCGACAACCCCUGGCCCCAAUGGCCUCGCAUCUACCGCAUUGACUACGGUCACUCGGAAGUCAAGACCCACAUGGGCAAGGACCCUCGUGAGUACUGCGUCAUGUCGACUGAAUUCGUCGAUGACGGCAGCGGCCGUGUCAAGGGUAUCAACACUGUCCGUGUUGAAUGGACCAAGUCUUCCACCGGUGGAUGGGACAUGAAGACCGUGGAGGGAAGCGAGCAAUUCUUCCCUGCCGACCUGGUUCUUCUUUCCAUGGGUUUCUUGGGACCUGAGGAUCGUCUGCUCGGCGAAGAGGUCGAGCGCGACCAAAGGAAGAACGUCAAGACCCCUCCUGGCCACUACGCCACCAACAUCCCCGGUGUUUACGCCGCGGGUGAUUGCCGUCGCGGACAGUCACUGAUUGUCUGGGGUAUCAACGAAGGCCGACAGGCCGCGCGGGAGGUUGAUGCUUUCCUCAUGGGAAUCUCCUCUUCGCUUCCCGUUACGGGUGGUAUUAUCCGACGGCCGGCUGUUGAUUCCGUGCCGAAGGCCGAGGCAGUUGUUGCUUGA